AUGUCUCAUUCGCUGUAUUCGGCUUCAAACCUCACUCAAACUCAGCGCUCAGUACAUCAUCAAUCAGCUUUGCUCCAGCCUUCAACUGGCGUCUGGCAGGCUGGCCAUCCCCGCGAGCAGCUCUUUAACCAUGACAGGUAUUCCCCUUCAUCGCCCCCUUCUGCCUUCCUCCCCUACUUAAUUCCGUUGGAGCCGAUCGUCCAUCAUUCGAACAAUAAGACUCAGACAGAAGGUUUCUUUUUACGCUUGAAUCACCUCUUGACGCUUGGACUGGUAGAUUCUGCACUCUCAACCCCUCGUCUCCAAUCGACUCUCCACGCAGUAUACACAAAACAUACCUUCAUUUGCCGCUCUAAUCUCCCCCUACGGGUCUUGAACACGGCCUUGAUUCAAGCUUCCAGAGCCACCCCCUGA